CAGGAACUGAUUUGAAGUUUUGUACAGGCCAGUAGGUGGGGAAGAAACGCAUCUGACUUUACGACUGCGAGAACUGCUUGCUUCUUUACCUACCACCGUGGCGUUUGAUACAUAAAGCUGCGGUUUCAUUACUGGAGAUCUUUACCCCAUCAACGAUAGAUUUGUUAUUUUAACCUCUCACGAACGCAAGCAUGGCGAAGAAGAAGGGCGGAAAGAACAAUAAACAGCCGGUUAAGACGGUCACCCCGCAAGAUUCUGACUCUGAAGUUGAAAUUGCUUUUGGUGCCGCCGAACCUGAAGCUGUCGCCAGCCCAGAGGAGACGUUCAACGUUGAUGAAGAAGGGAACGAUCUUGGUGGGCUCAUGGCCACUUUAAUGGCGAAUAAAGGAAAAAAGGGGAAGAAAAGCAAGAAGAAUCGGUUUGAGGACGAGGAAGACGCCGCUGCCAUUCUUGCACAGCUGGAUCAGGAGGAUGCGGCACAACAGGAAGAGCCAGCCAACAGUGUCAGCAAGCCCAAUAAGAAAGCUGGAAAGAAGGGAAAGAAAGGGAAGGGCGACGACUUUGAUGCGGAGAUGGCCAAACUCGCAAGCGAGAUUGAUGGUGGCGGUAGUGUAGAUGCGGAAGAAAAACCAGAAGGUCCGGUUGCUCCCGUUAAGGGAAAGAAGGGUAAAUCUGGCAAAGAAGCGGCACGGGAUGAUUUCGACGCGGAGAUGGACCAAAUAGCCGCAGAAACGGAGCAGACCGAAACGUCACCUGUAGCCAAACCCAAGGGCAAAGCACCCAAAGCUCAAGACGCCGAAGAGGAGGAAACAGGAGAAAUUCGGAUAAAAUCGAAAAAGGAGAAGGAGCGAGAGCGAAAAGAACGUCUGAAGUUGGCGAAAAAGCAGCAACAACCGAAGGGAGCUGGCAAGGUGUCACCAUCGCCUGUAGCUACACCGGAGCCUGAACCGGAGCCGAUUGAAGAUGAGAAACCCGAUAAGAAAAAGAAGGGUGCAGCAAAGAAGAAGGGGCCAAGUGUGCUGGCUGCACUAAGAGAGCAACUUGCUGCACAGAAAGCUGCCGAGGAAGAGCUAAAACGACAACAGGAGGAGGAGGAGCGAAGAUUAGCCGAAGAGCAACAGAGAAUAGAGGAAGAGGAGAAACGGAAGGAGGAGGCCAAACAGCGAAAGAAGGAGAAAGAGAGGUUAAAAAAAGAAGAACUCAAAAAACAAGGAAAGUAUUUGACACCGGCUCAGAAGGCGGCGCAAGCUCAGCAAAAGGCGCGCCUUGAAGCUAUGAUUGCAGCCGGGAUGAAGGUGGAGGCUUUGGACACGGAAAAUGUGGAAGCCGAUAAGAAGCCGAAACGCGUUGUAUAUACAAACCGUAAGAAGAAGCAGCCUACCAAGGCCGAGCAACCUGUGAAGGUCGAAGCUCCCAAACCAGAAGAACCAGAAAAGGAAAACAAAAAGGAAGAGGGAAAACGUGAACAGCAGCGUAUCGAGAAAAAGGCUGAAGAGGAUGCUGCCGCGGUUGCCGCUGCUGAGGAGGCAGCGCGUGUUCUGGCUGUGAUGCAGAGCACAAUGAAGGAGGGUAUAAAGGAGAGCUGGGACGAUGAGAGCGACGGUGACGUGAAGGAUUCCUGGGAUCAAAGUUCCGACGAGGAGACUGUAAAAGACAGCUGGGAUCAGGAAAGCGAUGAGGAAGACAAAAAGGUGGCGGCCAAACCUGCAAAGGCGCCGGUUACUAAAACUAGUGAAGUGGUCAAGAAAGUGGUUGAGGUGAAGAAACCUGCAAAUGGAAAGGCACCUGUCGCCGCGAAGAAUGCAAAGGUUCAAGAGAAGAAGGUAGACGAUGACUCAGAUGAAUCGGAAGAAGAAUCAGAAGAGGAAUCGUCUGAGGAAGAAAGCAGCGAAGACGAAUCGUCUGACGAAGAUGAUUCCGACGAAGAGUUGACCGCAACUCAGAAGCAGGCUUUGAAGAGGAAAGAGGAAGCGGCUGCUCGCCGACAAGCACGACACGAGCAGGCAUUGGCCGAGCGAUCAGCAGAAAAUCUUCGAUCACCUAUUUGUUGUAUUUUGGGUCACGUCGACACAGGAAAGACCAAGCUUCUUGACAAGAUCCGACAAACAAAUGUGCAAGAGGGAGAAGCAGGUGGUAUCACACAACAAAUAGGUGCCACAUAUUUCCCUAUGGAUGCCAUCAAGGAAAAAACCGCCCUCCUUCACAAAGACCAGCAGCCCGACUACAAACUCCCCGGUCUCCUUAUCAUUGAUACCCCAGGUCACGAAUCCUUUACCAACCUCCGAUCGCGUGGGUCUUCCCUCUGUAACAUUGCUAUCCUCGUCGUUGACAUUGUUCACGGUCUGGAACCUCAAACGCUUGAAUCCCUUGGUCUUCUUCGGCAACGUAAAACACCUUUCAUUGUCGCACUUAAUAAGAUUGAUCGUAUGUAUGAUUGGAAGGCGAUGCCGAACCAUCCUACGCGGGACACACUGGCACAACAGAAGCCACAUGUGCUGAAGGAGUUCCAGGAGCGGGUGAACAAGGUUAUUGUUGAGUUUGCCGAGCAGGGACUGAACGCAUGCCUAUACUGGGAAAACCCAAACUAUGCAAAGAACGUCUCGCUUGUCCCGACAUCUGCCAUCACAGGCGAAGGUAUUCCAGAUCUGUUGCAUCUACUGGUUGAUUUGACACAGACGCGUAUGACGGAACGGUUAAUGUACCUGUCCGAGUUGGAAUGUACGGUUUUGGAAGUCAAGGUUAUUGAAGGACUGGGUACAACAAUUGAUGUUGUCUUGUCGAAUGGUGUCUUGAAUGAAGGUGAUCGGAUAGUGGUCUGUGGUCUAAAUGGACCCAUUGUAACCACUAUCAGAGCCCUAUUGACACCACAACCGAUGAGAGAGCUACGCGUCAAGUCAGCGUAUGUGCACCACAAGAGCGUCAAGGCGUCUCUAGGUAUCAAAAUUUCAGCUCCGGAUUUGGAAAAGGCCAUUGCUGGGUCACGACUAAUGGUUCUUGGACCCGAUGAUGAUGAGGAUGACAUCAAGGAAGUUGUUAUGGAAGACUUGACAUCUCUUCUCUCUUCCAUCGACAAGUCCGGAAAAGGAGUCUGUGUUCAAGCAUCCACCCUCGGUUCCCUUGAAGCACUUCUCACAUUCCUCAAAUCCUGCAACAUCCCCGUCUCUGGCAUCAACAUUGGCCCUGUGCAUAAAAAAGACAUCAUUCGUGCUUCCGUCAUGUUGGAGCGGGCCCCCGAAUAUGCUCAAUUGUUGGCAUUCGAUGUACCCAUCGACAAGGACGCUGAGCAAAUGGCAGAAGAAAUGGGGGUGAAGAUCUUCACUGCCGAGAUUAUCUACCAUCUCUUUGACCAGUUUACAGCCUACAUGAAGAAUAUGGAGGAGAAGAAGCGGGCAGAUGCGGCUCCCAAGGCUGUGUUCCCUUGCGCGUUGAGAAUUGUACCUGGAGCGGUGUUUAACAAGAGAAAUCCAAUUGUUUUGGGUGUGGAUGUGAUUGAUGGCAAUCUGAAAAUCGGGACUCCAUUAUGUGUCGUAAAUGAAGAGACAAAGGGCGUAAUCAGUCUUGGUCGGGUGACGAGUAUUGAGCUCAACCAUAAGGUACAGCAGGAGGCCAAGAAAGGUGGCCCCUCUGUUGCCAUAAAGAUUGAAUCACCAGAAUACGAAACACCAAAACUGUUUGGAAGACAUUUCACAGAGCGGAAUGAAAUUUAUUCGCAUAUUACACGAGCUUCCAUUGAUAUUCUAAAGACAACAUUCCGGAACGAUUUGAGUAAAGAUGACUGGCAGUUGGUAAUCCGGUUGAAAAAGGCGCUCAAAAUUGACUAAAUGGUCACUUUUUGGUGCGAUUGGGAAACGUUCAUCCCAUGUAUAGGAGUGUGUGUUCUGGGGACAGGGGUGGGAAAGUAUGAAGCAUUAUUAUUUGAGGUUUUUUGAAUAUAGACUCGCAUCAGGUCAUUUUUAACAGCUAUAUAGACUUGGUUGAUAAAAGGUUUUUGUCUUUUGUUCUGGUCUACCAUGUAUCUUACACAAUAUCCUCAUCGCGCACGCAGAUCUGCCCCUCA